GAGGAGAGGGCGGCUGGGAACGGUCUGGAGCUGGCCUCCACACUGGUCCAGGCUGCUCAAGCUCCCUGAUGAUGCUUGGUGCACUCGCUGCAUUCUACACGAUCGGGGACGAGAGACAGAGGAGGAGACAAACGAGAGGGAGGGACGACGGACCGAGGACAAGUCUUCCGACUGACUGCACCCUUUUGUUAUCUCUAACAUUUUCCUUGCUAUUUUCAAAUUCUGUAUUUCUCAUUCUUCCCAGAUCAAACAAGACUGUACCUUCCACCAGCCCCGAUGUUCUGGAUCUUUCUGAGAGUUUAGCAUGAUAUGGUUGAGGGACGGGUUGCGCAAAGAAUGUAUUCCAUGUUUAUCUGUUAUCAUGCAUCCAGUCCGACUGAGAGAGCAUAAAGUGCAUCGAAGUCUACGGAAAGUACAAAC